AUGAAGCUGUUUCUCCCCUUUGCUGGGCUCCUGGCAUCACUGCUUUUGAUCCAAUCUCCUGCAUCUCAUACCAGACAACCCAGCCUGGAACUGCUUAUGCUUUCUAAUGAGGUAGGCUGUAACGUGGUGACCCGAACAGUGAAGUGUGACUGGACCAGCAAUUACAGGACCAUUACUGGAGAAUGCAACAACAGAAAGGACCCAACCCUAGGCUCAUCAAACAGAGCAUUGGCCCGAUGGCUGCCUGCAGAAUAUGAAGAUGGGAUUUCUCAGCCUUAUGGGUGGACUCCUGGGAAGAAGAGGAAUGGCUUCCAGCUCCCACUGGUCCGAGAUGUGUCCAAUCAGAUAGCCAGCUAUCUGAAUGAGGAUGAUGAUUUUGACCCAUUCUGGUCAUUGAUCCUCAUGCAGUGGGGACAGUGGGUGGACCAUGACCUCGACUUUGCUCCGGAUACCGAGCUGAUGGUUAGUGAGUACACCAAAGAGCAAUGUGACGAACACUGCAUCCAAGAGGACAACUGUUUCCCCAUCAUGUUCCCACCUGGAGAUCCCAAGUUGAGUAAACAAGGACCCUGCAUGCCCUUCUUUCGGGCUGGCUUUGUCUGCCCUACACACCCCUUCACUUCAAUGACCCGAGAGCAAAUCAAUGCCUUGACUUCCUUCCUGGAUGCCAGCAUGGUUUAUGGGCCUGAACCACUCCUAGCCAACAAACUCCGGAACACAAGCAGCCCCCUGGGCCUGAUGGCAGUCAACGAGGAGUUCUCUGACAAUGGAUUGGCCUUCCUGCCCUUUGACAACAAGAAUCCCAGUCCCUGUAAAUUCAUCAAUGCCACUGCUGGGGUCCCCUGCUUCUUGGCUGGUGACUCCCGGGGCAGUGAACAGACUCUGCUGGCAAUCUUCCAUACCCUUUUUUUACGGGAGCACAACAGGUUGGCUGAAGAGCUGAAGAGGCUCAACCCCCAUUGGGAUGGAGAAAAAAUCUACCAGGAAGCCCGGAAAAUUGUGGGUGCAAUCACACAGGUUAUCACCUAUGAAAAUUACCUGCCUUUAGUGCUGGGGGAGGAGCUAGAGAAGGAGAUUCCCAAGUACGCGGGCUACAAAGAAUCAGAAGAUCCCCGCAUUGCCAAUGUCUUCACCAUGGCCUUUCGAUUCGGUCAUACUGAGGUCCCGUCUAUUAUCCACCGACUGGAUGAGCGUUAUGAGCCCUGGGGCUCAGAACCAGAGCUUCCUCUGAAUACUCUCUUCUUCAAUACCUGGAGACUGGUAAAAGAUGGUGGAAUUGACCCCUUUGUCCGUGGCAUGCUGGUCAAGCCCUCCAAGAUGUUGAAGCAAAAUAAAAUGAUCACUAGUGAAUUGCGAGACAAACUUUUUCAGUCAACUGGGAAGAUCCAUGGAUUUGACUUGGCCUCCAUCAACUUGCAGAGAGGGCGGGACCACGGGAUGCCAGGGUACAGUGCCUGGAGACGCUUCUGUGGCCUCUCACAGCCUAGUACAGUAGAAGAACUGAGUGUCGUGUUGGGAAACAACAGGGAACUGGCUCAAAAGUUCAUGGAUCUGUAUGGGACCUCGGACAACAUUGACAUGUGGAUCGGAGCCAUCGCUGAGCCCUUUGUGCGAGGGGGCAGAGUUGGGCCCCUCCUGAGCUGUCUCCUGGGGAAGCAAUUCAGAAAGAUCAGAGAUGGAGACAGGUUCUUUUGGAAGAAACCUGGAGUGUUCACCCCACAGCAGAUAGAAGCCCUGAAAAAAGUCACCUUUUCUCUCCUGGUCUGUGAUAACACCCACAUCACAGAAGUCCCCAUCAAUGCAUUCAAGGCCAACAGAUACCCUCAGGACUUUGUGAACUGCUCAGACAUUGAGAAGCUGGAUCUUUCCCCCUGGAUCUCUAGGAGUCAUUGA